CCUCAGUACAAAACCACCCCCGGAGCUAGCAGUGGUUUAUCGCUAGCUACUGGGCGAUGGUACGCGGACACUUGCCGCGACUCGGCCAAUACGCUACCAACGAUUUCAUCGACAAACACCGCCGAAAGUGUAAUUUUCAAUGGUGAGGCUAUUUCUUCGACUGAAGAGGUUUGCCGAAGUGCCGAAGCUGCGAAUUGGCGAGCCGAGUUUUCGAUUUUGUUUUGCCGCGUUUUCGCCGCGUCGUUUCGGCGGUCGACGAUAGGAAACGAGCACGUGCUCUCGAGAAAGUUGCGUGUUAUUGUUAAAAAUGACAAAAUCGCUUCAGAAAACGGCUUGUUCGAUCGGAGAGAGUGUGCGAGAUGUAAGUGCGGGCUUCGGUUCUUCAGUCCAACUUCUCACUUGGCGGUAAGCGGCGAACAUAUGAAAGCGUCACGUUACCCGCAAUUUAAAGACUCGAUUGUCGUAAUUUCCUGUUACUUUAAUACUCGGAAAUAUUCAGUGCGGUGCAAUGGUGAUUUAUAGAAUCUGGGGCGUUUGAUGUAAAAUCGUGACGCUCCUUGAAUGUGCGCCAGCAUAUGGAAUUGAAAGCGCAACACAAUUAGAGACUAUUUUAAAUCGACUUGCAAUAUCGAUUGCGAAACGUUUAUUUUUAAUGAAAUAAACGACGAUCUAUUUCAAGGCAAAGUAUGCGAUCAUUUUAUUCGAGCGUACGAUUUAUUAAAAGAAGCCGACCACUGCACUUGCAGAAACGAAGUGAGCAACGUGAUUCGCGGGAACCUGAGUUUCGCCAAGUUUCUGUCGUAAACAAGUGUUAAAAGGUUUACAAUCUAAGUUAUAUAUUUAGAAAUCGGUUAUUGCACCCCGUUGAUUCGCUGUUCGAUCAAAAAUCUUAGUGCGGUGUUUUCCAAUUUAGUUUGGCGCUCGUUAAAAAGUCAGCGAGCAUCGGGCUGCUUACGUUCUCAUGCGCAACCAAAUGGAUAAAUGAAGUUAUUAUCAUGGUUAUUAUCGCGGAUCCGAUAUUCCACUUAAAUUUUCAAUAAUUUGAGCGGAAAACCGAGUUAAGAAGUAAAUUAUAAUAUGUUAAUAACUAAAAUACGUUAACAUUCUCUCGUGCAACGAGUGCAGCCGAGACUUGUGAUUCCGGGAUCUCGCGAUUCUCGUGACUCUUCAAAAUUCGAAGGAAAAUUCCAAUCGAAGGGCAAUGCCGUGAAAGAAAUGAGCUAUGUAUCGGCGGAUCGCGAAUCGCGAGCGCUCGAUGCUGUUCGGUAACGAAAAUGAGCUUCGCGGGGAAAAGAGGAUAUUCUCGGCAUCCUCGGCGCAGACAGAGGCCGCGGGAUCCCUGUGACGAGAUUAGGAUUCUACUAAGGCGAUCCACGUCGACUUUAUUAUCGCUGUAAUAUUACGCAGAGUUCCUAUUUCAUCCUCAACUCGGUUAAGCCGGCCUAACGAGUUUACCGUAACGCGGUUACGAAGAGAUCGCGCGCGUCGAUUCGAUCGCAGGUCGCAGGUCGAUCACGGUGGGCGGAUUCGAAUAUGAAGCCGGAAGUCGCGAACGCGAGCGACGCGCUUCUCAACUGCAGCACGCAAUUUACCCUCGCGGGCGAUGUCGAGGCCUGCAGCCGUUACCACGGAUUCGACUACGAACUGGUGCACAGCAUCGUGGUGGUGGUGGUGCCAUUGUUCUUCGGUAUAAUCGGCAUUCUCGGCUUCGCCGGGAAUUCGCUGGUGGUCGUGGUGGUGGCGGCGAAUCCUGGAAUGAGGUCGACCACGAACAUCCUCAUCAUCAACCUCGCCGUGGCUGAUCUGCUGUUCGUUAUAUUUUGUGUACCGUUCACGGCCACCGACUUCGUGCUGCCGUACUGGCCGUUCGGCAACGUCUGGUGCAAGAUCGUACAGUAUCUGAUCAUUGUCACCGCUUACGCGAGCGUUUACACCCUGGUCCUCAUGAGUCUCGACAGGUAUCUAGCGGUGGUCCACCCGAUCGCAUCGAUGUCAUGGAGGACGGAGAAUCACGCGAUACAGGCGAUCUGCGUCGCGUGGGUGGUGAUCCUGGCGUUGUCCGCGCCCGCGUUCGUGAUCCACGGCGAGGUUCGCUACGUGUUUCAGGAGGCAGACAACGGCCCGUCGGAAAAUCAGACCGCCUGCCGGAUCCUCGAGCAGUACGACUGGACCUCCUUCCAGGUGUCCUUCUUCCUCACGAGCUACGUGUUGCCCCUGGUGCUGAUAUGCAUUUUUUACAUGGCCAUGCUGAUCAAGCUGUGGCGCGGCGCGCGCGUCAGCGCCGAGAGCCGGCGCGGGAGGAGAAGGGUCACCAGGCUCGUCUUCGUCGUCGUCGGCGUCUUCGCCGCCUGCUGGUGCCCUAUACAGGUGAUACUGGUGACCAAGUCCCUGCAGGUGUACCCCCUCACCACGGCGACGGUAAUGGUGCAGAUAGUCAGUCAUAUCCUCGCCUACACCAACAGCUGCAUCAACCCUUUCCUCUACGCCUUCCUGAGCGAUAACUUCCGCAAAGCCUUCCGAAAGAUCAUUUAUUGCAGGCCGCGAACGGAGACGAACAAUCGGCUGGGACCUGCGACGCGGACUACUAGAGCUGCCAGCACUGGCGACAUUCUUUAGACGGUAAAUUCACCGACGACGGUGAUUGGCACCAAGCUGAUUGGCACGUCCUUGCUCGCCACUGUUCGAAAACGACGAAUACUUUACGGUCCUAUAGAAUGUUUCGAUGUUUGAUGUCAUCUAGCAAAUACACUCAAGCGCAUGUCCCUCGAUCCUUUUAACUUCCGCCGGGCGCGUAAGCAUUCAACUUUUAUAUUCCCUCUAUUUUUCUUUAUCGAGAAACGAGAUGAACAAACAGCGGUUAUUCAGGAGUAAUUGAUCAGAAAGCGCUAUUGAUCAGUAACCGAUAAUCCCCGAUAACGCGACGAGGUGCAGCCCGUUGCAGGCGCACCAGGAAAGGGAUCCCGCUCGCAUCCGGUCAUUAUAAAUCCGUUGACUCGCCUCCAACCGAUAGAUUUCGCAGUUCCGAUUCGAGCUUGCGGAUUACGUUACACAAACCCGUGCCGAUACAUGAGUGCGAUGUUAUAAUAUCUCUGAAUGUAAAACGCGGACGCUCAUUUCCCGACGCUCGUCCAUUCAAGGUUGUUAAUUCGAAAAGGGCCUCGUCACAGAGGGCUCGUCGCGAAAUUAUAUCCACGAAUACUGUAAAACGUAUCAAUAAAGACAUUGAGACCCAC